UGUUUCUUAAACGGAAGCAAACUGAACGAAAACGAGGAAGAACCUAACUGAAUUAGUCCAAUAGAAACUCUCGUUUUCGUUGUAAAAACGCAACUGUUUUACAACUGUGUGGACGAAUGAUUACACCACCGUCUCGUAAAGCAGGGGAUACGCGUUUGCAGCGAUACAACUGAAGAGAAAGCAGUACCAAGUAUUAUCGUGCGUCGGAUCAGUGGAACAACAGCGAGCAAAUAGAACGGAAGGAAUGUACCAGCAACGGUGUUCAACUACUAGAUCAGCAGCUUGAUCAACUGUCUCCGGCGCUGGAUCCGCUACAUUAGGCCUGAUGGAGCUGGGCACUCGACGAGCGCUGACCACUGAGGAACACCCACCACACUCUGCCCCUCACUGCCAACCUUGAAGGGAGGGACCUUCUGCUUCUCCCCCUAUCCCCUUCCCUCCUCCUCCUCUACUCCAACAUUACCUCCUCUGAUACACCUCCAUCCUGCUUCUCCCCUCCCCCUAUCCCCUUCCCUUCCCUUCUCCCCUCCUCCUCCUCUACUCCAACAUUACCUCCUCUGAUACACCUCCAUCCUCCUCCGUGGUCCUGAGAUGGUGAUGAUGGGGAAGCUGAAGCAGAACCUUCUGGUGGCCUGUCUGGUCAUCAGCUCAGUCACAGUCUUCUACUUGGGUCGUCACGCCAUGGAGUGUCACCACCGCAUCGAGGAGCGCAGCAGCCAGCCUGGGGACCAAGGGGUUCUGGGGGGCCUUCAGGUGCCGGGAGGGGUCCUCCUGGGCGGCUCGUUGGGCUCCUCUGCCAUCCUGCGGGGCUCCAGACCCGGGGGCCAUAACCUCUCCGCUCCAUUCGUCUACAACAAGGACAUGCCCCUAGUGUUCAUUGGAGGGGUUCCCAGGAGUGGGACCACGUUGAUGAGAGCCAUGCUGGACGCUCACCCCGAGGUUCGUUGUGGAGAGGAGACCAGGGUUAUUCCACGUAUCCUGGCCAUGAAACAGAUGUGGUCGCGGUCGGGGAGGGAGAAGAUGCGUCUGGACGAGGCCGGGGUGACUGACGAGGUCCUGGACGCCGCCAUGCAGGCCUUCCUCCUGGAGAUCAUCGUGAAGCACGGCGAGCCCGCCAACUUCCUCUGUAACAAGGACCCCUUCGCACUGAAGUCCCUCUCCUACCUGGCUAAGAUCUUCCCGCACGCCAAGUUCGUGCUCAUGAUCCGGGACGGACGCGCCUCGGUCCAUUCGAUGAUCUCGCGUAAGGUGACGAUCGCUGGCUUUGACCUGGGCAGCUACAGAGACUGCCUGACCAAGUGGAACAGGGCCGUAGAGACCAUGUACACUCAGUGCCUGGAGGCCUCAGACAAGUGCCUGCCGGUGCAUUAUGAACAGCUGGUGCUCCAUCCAGAGAAGUGGAUGAGGACGCUGCUCAAAUUCCUGGACAUUCCCUGGAACGAGGCGGUGCUUCACCAUGAGGAACUCAUAGGGAAAGCCGGUGGUGUUUCCCUCUCCAAGGUGGAGAGGUCUACAGACCAGGUGAUCAAACCGGUCAACGUGGAGGCCUUAUCCAAGUGGGUAGGCAAGAUCCCUGCGGACGUACUGAGAGACAUGCCCGUCAUCGCCCCCAUGUUGUCCCGUCUGGGGUACGACCCCCACGCCAACCCUCCCAACUAUGGCCGGCCAGACCCCAAGGUCCUUGACAACACCAGGAGGGUCUUUAAAGGUGAAUUUCAGCUACCUGAGUUUCUAAGAGAACAAUCUCAGCUUCAGAAGACUCCAGAGAAGCCUAACCAGCCACAGAGCCAGACUAGGCAGCGAUGGACAGAGGAAGAUAUCCAAUAAACUCAACAUCAUCUUUUGGGGACCUUCGUGCUCUUCCAUGGACAUGACUUGAUUUAACCGUUUUCCUCACACACGCACACACACACGUUAGCCUGUGUCAGUGGGGACCGGACCACCAUGGCUUGGAGAACUCUUUUGGCCUUCGAUGUUGUACUGUAAACUAAUGAUGUGUUUUGUCACUAAAAUGGUGACCAGAAAAUGUUGAUGUUAUGUUUCUUGUCUAGGGCUGCAAAAUUCUGGCAAAUUUCAAAAGAUUCCGGAGUUCAGCAAGAAAUCUGUAAUCCUACAACUAGGAUUUCUGGAAAACAUUUUGAAAUUUGAGGGAAAGUUUGCAGAAUUUUGCAACACUAUUCUUGUCACACCAUGCUCAUCUGGAUUUGUAGUUUUUAUGGUUUUCUUCUGGCUAUAUAAAAAAAAAAAUCUGUGAUUCUGUUGUAAGAAACUACAGUGGACUUUAAAUGUAAAUCUAAAAAAAAGUACAGUAUUUAUAGAUGAAAUUGAGCUUUUUGAAGAUGCUAUAUCUAUUUUAAUGUUUCAUUUUGUUUUCUCAUGCCUUUUGUAUCGUACAAUUCCAUGGGUACUGUGAUGUACAAGAUCCUAGAUAAGUAUUGACAGUGAUAAAGAUGGCAUUUUGUAACAGGUUUUUUUUAAUGGAGAUGGUAUGAUGAAUUAUGAAAGAGGGUGGUAAUGGCCUUAAACCACGGCAAUGAAGGGAGAAAAAAAAAAACAGGG